UGCUCCCUCACUUCCUCUCCUUCGCGAAGCCAUUGCAACCUACCUCCCCUUCCAUCGCACAACCACCGGUCUGUAUGAGACGGCAUCGUUUUUCCAUUUCGUUUAAUAGAUAAGAGCGAGGUUGUUGUCCUGAGUGCCAUUAAGCCAUCGCCCCCCUCUCGAGGCCCAUUAUUCAUACCUCGGUCUAAUACAUACUCUCCUAAUUUCUCCCCAAAACACAACCGUAUCCUUCAUCGCGCCUCCAUUGGUGGCAAUGUCGCCGCCUGGUUCGUCGUGGUCGGGUUCCAAUCCUCCUGUGUCGUCGUGCUCGAGGGCCCUUCCAUUAACCCAACGCAAAUCCUCCGACUAAUUCAUGAAAAAUUGAUACCGAUAAAUUAUUACUGGUUAUGGAGGUCUUGUUCGAGCUCGGUGGGUUCGAGAUCGUUAGGGGAGUAUUCAUCUCUUUGGCCCCCCAUAUACACCCCACCCAGAUCUCAUCAAUACAUCUACCAUGAUAGCAUCACUAAAGGCCAUGAGAAAUAAGGCACCAAGGAUUUGGUACUUUUCGUAUGACUUUGCUACUGCUGUGCUUACUGAUGCUCCCAUCCCACAAUUGCAGAACAGUUACGAAGGACGCUGGAUGCCUCAAACCGAAAACCUGGAACAUGUAAGCUUGUUGUUUACUAAAAUACAGUUGUAAUCCAUGUUUGUGAAAAAAUGGCAUUCUGCAUAUACUACCACUGAGGCUGAACUGCUAUGUUGCCUUCAUUGCUUGUUCAGGGCAAGUGUUUGUGCCAAUUUGGGAAGCCGGAGACGCAUGGUAUGUUAUGCUGCUGGACGUUAAGGCAUCAAAAAUAUAUACGCUGGAUGUGAACCGGUCUCCGGAGAGCAUUGUGCGAAGGGAGUCCAACAUGACUAAGAUCUGUCAUGCUUUGGGGAAAAUAUUCGUCCACAGUAGAAACCUCGUUAACUUCCGUCACACAAACCCUGACCCCUCCAAUUGGGGACACUUCAUCUACCCACAGGGUCUACCAAAAGACCUGGACAGGUUACUCACACUCACUGCCUCAAAAAGGACUGUUUUCAAUUUUGCCUGGUGUAAACAAUUUGAUAAACUUUUAACUUCGGUCAAAACUUUUUGUAGCGCAGAAUCUGCAAUAUGGUGUUUAUCCUUGCUACAACACAAUGGGGGCUUUUCUACUAAAUUAUUCCGCCACAUGGGGAACAGCGAGCACAUGCGCAUGAGGGCCGCCUUAAACAUUGUUCAGUCGGAUGUCAACCAGUGCCGUGGGUUCAUCGAUAGUAAGGCUGAAGUUGUUUGGCGACUUAUCACAUCCUGCAAUGACAAGGAUUCCAUGAGCGGCGGCGGCCUAUAGUACAUGCAGUUUGCUGCAUUCAAACCACUAUAGAUGCUCCAUUUUUUUGAUUCGGUGGCUUGUCACUAUGUAUAAUGUUGGAACAAUUUACUUGCAUUUUGGUAAAUAUGUUGUAUGAUGUCAGCAUGGCCAGCUUGCAUUUGGUGUAGUGCAGUUUAGGUUGGUCUAUAUAACUAAAUUAAGGAUUUUUUGUUGCAACUAAAACAUGGCCACACAUGUGUGUAGUGGGUGGCCUAAUUUUAGUUGCCUAACUAAUGGAACCCAUGUAAUUCAUCCUAGCUGUGGAACAAUUAUCAACAUUUCAUGUGACACUACAUCUAAUUAUCAAC